AUGGACCAGUCACCAUUUGGCGGGAGCCUUGGCAACCUUCUGCAACAUCAGCAACAGCAAAGCCAGCAACAGCACCACCUUCAGCAACAGCAGCAACAGCAACAUCACCAGCAACAGUCGGCCAUGAUGCAACAUCAGCAGCAACAACAGCAGCAGCAGCAGCAGCAGCAUCAACAGCACCAGCAACUUCAGCAGCAUCAGCAACAGCAGCAACAGCAGCACCUUCAGCAACAGCAACACCUUCAGCAUCAGCAACACCUUCAGCAGCAGCAACUCCAGCAACAGCAGAGUCUCCAGAACACUGGCAGUGGAACCGCCUCCAGUGGUGGUACCGCUUCCGGUGGUGGCCACCUCGCCGCAUCGUCCUCGAACGUUGCCGCCUCCCACCACCAUCAGUCGUCCCUCGCCGCGCAGAGUGCCGCGGCGCAGAUGAUGUCAGCGCGCAACCCGUUCGGUUUUGACUUCAACCACUUCCAAAGCAACUACUAAGCGCGUGCGUGAUGGCGUCCAGAUUCGAACACAACUCUCCCCCGCCGGGUGGUUGUGGUUGUGGCCAUGGUCGGCCGCGCCAUCCCACGUUGUUACGCUUGAGUUCGUCUCCGCACGCACCGCAUUCUGUUCGUCCGAGAAAGGGCCUGGGCUGCCUGC